UCCAAGUCACGAGUGAUGUGUUGCCAUGUUGUGAGUUGUGACAAGUCUGGAGGGGUGAAUUUAAGGAAAUGUUUUGGUCCUAGAAUUCGGAUUUAUGUUGUUAGGUUGGUACGUACUAGGAUUAAGGAAUAACGAUUUGUGGAAUAAGUUAGUGGCCCCCAUUUCAAUUUGCAACUACUAAUGCAUUCGUAGUUUCAACCUCGUCAAUGCCACUACAUUUUGAUUUUGUUGCCAACCUCAUCUAGGGUUCCUCUGUUUCUUCACAGCAAUGGCCAAGAAGAGGACCAACAGGAAGACCCAAAUGACAAUUCCCAUUCCAAAACACUCUCAACAGCCAAGAAGCUCACCUCCCAAACGCCGCACUGAUUUCUCUGUGUUCACUCGCACUCCCUCUUCCUUCUCCAACCCUUUUUCAGGUUCCUCACCAGGUUCAUCUACUUGUGAAGUAAGGUUGUCCAAUGUCACCGCAAGCAGUUUGCAGGAGAGGAGAAUGACAAUGAAACAAUUUUCUGUAGAUACGCUGGUUCGAUGCAACAUUUACAAAGAGGGUAGAUCAGUAUGUUCAUCUGAGUUUUAUGAUGCCCCUAUUGGGGGACUUGAUUCAGCUGUCCAAGAUGAAAGUCUUAACCUUGGUGGCAAUAGGGAUGCUUGCAAUGAAAAAAUUGAUAUUUCCAAGAUGUCAGAAUUUACCCCACUUGAAUCAUCUGCCAGUGAUAACAGUUCUCUUGCUGUAACUCUUGGAAGUGUUGUAUGGGCAAGGACAGCUUGUCAAGUGUGGUGGCCUGCUGAGAUCAUGGAAGAAACAUCUGAGAUAUCCAACCCUGGCAGUGGUGGACAUGUUUUAGUGCAUUUUUAUGGAAAUCUUCCCAGUGCCUGGAUUGAUCCAAUGACAGAUAUUUCAACUUUUGAGGAUUCUUUUAAAGAAAGGAGCAAUAACCCUUCAGAAGAUUUUCAACAAGCUUUAAAGCAAGCCUUACAAAGGAAGACACAACUUAGUUCUUGCCAAAAGUUGACUCCUGAUUGGUCUACUCACUCUGAUCAGCAAGAACGUUCAUCUGAUAAAUACACUUCAACUAGCACAAGCAGGACAACUGAUGAUUUUCAAGUGAGACGAAGAGGGAAAAGGGAACGUAAACCCAAAGUUCACUUUGAUGAGGUUACAUAUCCAAUGAAAUCAGAAAGAAAGGUUCGUCGUUUAAAGAUAAUGCGGUACCUCGGCCUUGCAGCUCCACUUGGUUCACCCUUUUGAGUUUUGGUCAUGAUCACAAGUAAUGCAUAUUUCAAAUGUUUGCAGCCUAGCAGCUCUAAUUGUAUCUGCCUUUUUUUAACCAUAAUAAUCAUGAAAUUUGCAUAUUUUAAAAAUUUGCUUCUACUUCUUGCCAUUAGGCAUUAGCUCUGUAAAAUUUUGUAGUUAUAUAGUCUCGUAUAUUACAUUAUUUGUAAAAACCAUAUGACAAUUUGAUGGAAUAUCAUAUUAGUUUUCCAAUAAAAGUUCCAUUUAGCACAUGUUUAGUUUA